UUGAGGAACACGUAAAAAAAAAAGAAAACCUAUUAUGAGCGAUAACGAAAGCUUCACUGAUGAAAAUCAACAAGAACUUAUUCCUGCAAUAGAAAAGUUACAUGAAAAAUGCGUAUCUAUAUUAAAUCAUUGUAAAGAUUGGAAUGAAGUUAAGCCCAUUGAAGGUUUACACAGGUAUACAAAUUCUCUUAUUGCUGAAAUGCAUUUUAUUGAAAAGUACGAAAUGCAUUUUUUUUUCUAUUAUAUUACAAAGACUAAAUAAAUAUAUGUGUAUAUAAGCUUUUAGAAAAACCUUCACUUAUAAAAAAAGAGCAUGUCCAAAGUUCAAAUCUGAGCUACCUAGAGGCUGUAUAUGAAGCUUUGGAGGGCGUUGGAGAAAGACGAAAUGAGGUUAUGCGUCUUGUAAGUGUUCCCACAAAUGACAAUGUAUGGAUGUCACGAGCAGCCAUGAUUCGAAAUCAUAGUGUAAAAGUGGACAUCGUUUCAGAAAAUGGAUUAGUGUGGGUGAAAGUAAUUGCACGAAAUGCUAAAGCUUUUAGACAUGAAAUUAUGGGUUUAGAAUGGGAUGGCGAUUCUUCCUCAGAAGAGGAAGACGAGGACCUAAAGUCCUCAUCAGAAGGAGAUUUUGAUAGUUUACCUAUUUUUAAAAAAGCACGUGAUUACUUAAAAGCGGCACAAGCUCAUUCUGUCCAAUUUCGUACACCUGUUGUAGUAUUUGCCUUCAUGCGUAUUCGUCCCGAAGAAGAUAUUUUUGUACAGAGAAUUAUGGAUGAACUAAAGAAGAUAGGCAUUCUUGUUCAUUUACAACAACCAAAUGAUAGUAUUCGAUCCACUUAUAUGCCGUUACUAAAAGAUAUUCAUGAUUUAGACCACUUUACAACGCCUUCAAUUAAUAUGGAUGUUAGCUCUAUGUUAGCUAUUAUGUCUGAGUUAUCACAUCAUGUCUGUUUACCUCAUGAAGUAUCUGCUCUUCCCCUUCAAAUUCAGGCUCAACGUGAGGCACAGGUACAGGUUUUACCCCAAAUUUUACCUUAUGUCAUAGGAAAAAAAUUAUUCAUUAUUCAAAGUGCAUAUGAUCGUCUUAAGGAUAUUGUUGAUGUCGUAGGUGGGCCUAGGGAAAUUUCUCGGUUUCAGUAUUUAUUUAGACAUCAUCUUGGUUUACAAGAGAGUAUUCAGUUUGAUCCUGAACUUUGGACAAUUUUACCUCCUUUAUCAGUAGAGAUAAUAGAAGAUGCUUCCUCAGAACGUUUUAGAAAACUUUUAGAUCUACCUCAACAGCAGAGGUCCAAAUUAAAUAAUGGAAGAAAGAUUCGAACGCGAUUUUCCGAGUUUCAUGCACAGAUAUUUGGAAGUGGAGAUCAUUAUAAGAUGACAACUAUGACUUCUAUUCAAUGGAUGGAAACAGCAUUAGAGGAAGCAGGUAUAUUAGGUUCUCUUUUAGUUUCUCAUGAGCCAAGGUCUUUGGCUGAGAAAAAAAUGCGACUUGUAAAGGAUACACAUAAAUAAAGAUAACGAUAAUGAUAAUAAUAAUGAUAAUA